AUGGAAACAGAAGCAGAGCAAACAUGUAGUAACCAAACAAAUGAUAAUAUAGUGAUUAGUGAUGACAAGCAAUUGGUUGAUGUCCAAUUAGUACAUGACUACCUAUGUAAUCAUAGUUACUGGGCCAAAGAUAUAUUAUAUAGUGUCGUACAAACAUCGAUAGAUAAUUCCUAUUGUAUUGGUGCCUAUGUCAACAACAACAAUAAUGUAAACGGCAAUGACGAGAAGAAACUAAAACAAAUUGGAUUUGCAAGAUUGAUCACCGAUUAUAGUACUUUUGGAUGGUUGGCCGAUGUAUUUGUAUUGCCAGAGUACCGAGGAAAGGGUGUUUCCAAGUUGAUGGUUGAACACUUGUUGGCUCAAAAAUGGACAGAUUAUAUGCGCAGAAUCAUGUUGAGCACGAGUGAUGCUCAUGGCCUCUACAGUCGCUAUGGAUUUCAACAUAUCCCAACCAAUGCUCCAACUCUUCCUAUGGCCAUUUUAAAGUUAAAUGCCCAUCAACUACAACUACAAGAUUUAAAAAUUAAACAACAACAACAACUAGAACAAGAACAAGAGAUAAAAGAGAAAAUAUAA